AUGGCUCCCGCCCCGGUCCCCGCGCCUCACACGCUUGACCAGAAGCCCCAGCUGGGGCCACUCCGCACCCUGCAGCCCGUGCGCCCGAGGCUGGGCCCCUUGUGCCCGAGGCUGGGCCCCUUGCGCCGGCCCUGGUUCGUGUGGGACAUCCUGGGCAUCGUGUUCGCCGUGAGCACCUGGGUGCUGACCUUCGGCACCGCGUGGGUGACCACCCGCGAGCUGUUCCUGCCUGCGCGGGACCUGGCCUACAGCCUGGCCUACAGCCUGGCCAACGGCUUGCUGCUGCACCUGCAGGCCGCGCGGGCCAUGCUCACCGACCCCGGCGCCGUGCCCCUGGGCCGCGCGCCGGGCAGCGCCCCCGAGGCCCGCUGCCUCCGGUGCUGCAGCGCCAAGCCGCCGCGCGCGCACCACUGCUGCGUGUGCGGGCGCUGCGUCCGCAAGAUGGACCACCACUGCACCUGGGUCAACAACUGCGUGGGCGAGGACAACCAGAAGUACUUCGUGCUCUUCACGCUGUACAUGGGGCUGGCCUCGCUGCACCUGCUGCUGCUGCUCGGCGUCCCUGUCAUGCGCAGCCACGCGCGGGGCGAGUGGGACAGGCACAGCACCGUGUCCCCCCGCCGCUCCCUCAUGUACCUCUUCCUGGUGGCCUUGAUAGCGUUCCUCCUCAACUCCACGAUGUUCGCCAUGCAAAUGUACUCCAUCUGCACCGACAGGACCCUCAUCCAGCGGCUGCAGAGGGACCGCGGGCUGCCACGCAAAGGGUCCCCGUGGUCCAGCUUGAAGGCCGUGUUUGGCCACCGUGUCUCCCUGGACUGGCUCAACCCCUUUGCCUCCCCGGAGCCUCAGAGAGUCGAUGACCACCACUGGGUGGUCUGA